GUGAGUAAUUAUAAAAACCUCUCUCGCGAAUUGUUGCCGUUGCUUGCUAGCUUUCGCCGUCGUCUCUUGAGAGUCUUGCGAAGAUGGUUCUUCAAAACGAUAUCGAUCUGCUUAAUCCUCCGGCUGAGCUUGAGAAGAGGAAGCAUAAGCUCAAGCGUCUUGUUCCAUCACCAAAUUCCUAUUUCAUGCUUGUUAGGUGCUCUGACUGUAUCAACAUCACAACUAUUUUCAGUCACUCACAGACAGUCGUGGUAUGCGGAAAGUGUCAGAACGUUCUGUGCCAACCUACAGGAGGCAAGGCCAAGCUCACAGUAGGAUGCUCUUUCAGGAAGCUUACCGAUUGAAUCAGAUAUCAUCAUAAGCUUGUCUCUUUUUUAAUACCAACCAGUUUUCAGUCCUCCUUUACCAUUGGUUGUUUCAAAUAUUAAUAGUUGACACUGAAGGAUUUGCUUUCAUGGAUUCGUUACCAAUUUGAUCAAAGAA